GUGUGUUUCUUUCUCAUCAUCCUCUGUCCGAGCAGAGCAGCAUAGCCUCACAUGGACUCAAGCCUUUAACAUCACAUCAACACUCAAGACAAAAGAGAACCAACUUUGAUCAUUUGGUCCAAAAAGCCAAACAUCUCUCUGAAAGGAUCUUGCAUAUAAAUUAGUAAAAGAAGCGGAGAUCAGCUGCGGUUUAAGGAGUACAGACAAGAGCGAUCCACGAUAUAUUUGCAAAAGACUUCCUAAAGAGGAAUAAUGAGGAAUAUUUGGAUAUUCCUGACACUUUCAGCAGCUGUCUGCUUUUCCAGCAACAGGGUACUGGUCUCAGGUCAGUUUCCAGUCUCAUCUGAUGACCUCUAUCUGGAUGACCAGCAGUCCGGUGACUACCCUUUAGAUGAUGAUGACUUCACCUCUGGUUCAGGAUCUGGUUUCAGUGAAACAGACAAUGAUAUGGAUAUAUCCACAAUAUUUUUGCAGUACCCAGAAAUCAAAGCCGAAUCCACUAUGGAGCCUGUCUACACCAGCAGCCCCAGUUUGGAGUUGUACACUUCCAAAGAGACAGAUCAAAUUAGCAAAGAGACAGUCACUGACUCGGAUCUGGAGAUCUUUGACAAGACAGAAAAGCCUCAGGUCACUGUUGAAGCCACCAGCUCAUCAAGUAUUGUACAAGAAGCUGAUCCUCUUCAUGAGGUUCGCACAGAAAAUCUAUUCCAGAGGACAGAAGUGCUGGCAGCCGUUAUAGCUGGCGGAGUGAUUGGCUUCCUGUUUGCAAUCUUCCUCAUCCUCCUCCUGGUGUACCGUAUGAGAAAGAAGGAUGAGGGGAGCUAUGACCUUGGAGAGCGUAAGCCGCCCAGCUUAGCCUAUCAGAAGGCUCCAAGCAAAGAAUUCUACGCCUGAAUGACCAAUCAUUGCCAACAGUAAUGUUGUAAUGACAUCCAUCUCCUCUCCAAGAAUAACCUGGCUCGGUAGCACCUUGAGGAGAUUUUUUUUUAAGGGGGACCUUUACUAAAUUUCAAAAUGUAUAUCUUUUUUUUUUCUUCACAAAGUCAACCAGGGCUUCUAUUUUCUGUUUUGGGAUCAAAAAUGUCAAACAAACAAACAAACAAACAAAAUUCUUUACAUUUUUUUUUAAGCAAAGUGUUGGAAAUGUAUGAAAUCUUUCACAAACUUUAUUGACUACUUUGUAACAAUAGAGGUACAUUUUUAUUAAAAAACAAGUCAAUUCAGAGGUGGAAAUUUUAUGUGAUAAGUGUGCUUUUUCUGAUACCUUAAAUUUUUCACUGAUUACAUUUUAAUAACUUAUGAGUUUAAUGUGGACCUUAUCAAUAAUUUGGUUUUAUCUCAGCCUUUUUUGUAAAGGGUUCUUGUGCCAUUAUCUUAUGUUCUUCAGUCUACAUGAAUGUUUGCAUUUUUGUCUGGCCAGUAUCAAAGCAUUCGAAGAUCACAGCAUUUUGCAGAAUGUUUUGAUGUAUUUUGUUACAUUUAAUUAUCUGUAGUACAGUGUUAAGGUCUCUGAAGGUUAAAAUUCUACUUUGCCUGAAGCCAAGAACACAUUCCACCUUGCUUGUACUCUUUCUCCCUCUCUCUCUCUCUCUCUCUCUCUCUCUUUCUCUCUCUCUUUGUCUAUAUGUCUCAAGCUCUCAUGCAGGGUCAAAUCAGUUGUACUAAAUUGUUUUUCUGUGACACGGCUAUCUCUUUAAGAGCUCUCCAUUCAUGGCAUCCUCAAAUCCUGCAGUAGUUAAUUUAGUAAUUAGAAUGACUUUAAAGAUGUAGAAUUGCACAACAUUUUUUUCAAGUGCAUCAACUUUAUGUUUUCUUUUUCCCCCGCACAAAACUAUUUUAUAUCCCAGUACUACAGAAAAAUAAAUACUUUAAUCACAAAUAAAAUAUGGAAUAUUUUCAAAUGCAGUAAGUCUUUAUGAUGAACAAAUGUAAUGAGUAAGUUUCACACUGUCUUCCAUUACAUAUAGACAUUUAGCCAACAAUGUACAACAAGGUACACAUUUUCCUGGAAAUCUAACCUAUGACUUUGACAUUUGCUGGCGCCCUGCUCUACCAGUUGAGCUCCAUGACAGUAUAAUUUAACAGUAUUACUCCCACAUCUUCAGCAUUCACUGUUGGCUGAAUACUUAAUGAAGGCCAUUUUUCUUUCAUAAUAAUAACCUCAUGUGGAAAAGCUUUUAAAAUGAAUUCACUUACUGUAUAGUUCUGACUCAAGCAUUCCAAAGACUUAAACAGUGUUGUUAACAGUGACGGUGAUUAAUAGUGUGGAUCACAUUUGCUCAUUUUUACUCUCUCCUCUCUUUUCAUGUGCAUUUCCAUGAUGUUUCUUUAAUGACGUCUCUGUAUAUGUUAAUAUACAAUAAUUUAUAGAAUAUAAUUAUUUAUAUACUACAUAUUAUAUGUAAAAUAUUAGUUAAAAAAAAUCUAUGAAAAUGUAUAUUCACUAAUGUUUUAGAAGCCCUUGAAGUGCCUACUAUCCUGAAACAGAUCUACAUGGAUUUGAGGACGUUUGUGCAUCAGAUAAUGAUGUUAAAAGUGGCAACUGGAGAAAUGUGAUGAAUGGUAUUGUUACAGAAUUGCAGAAUCAGUAUUGUAUUUCAUUAAAAAACACUACUGAAUAAA